AUGGAGUUCAUAUAUCGCAACAACGCGGGAAGGUUUCGUUUGGAGGCUGGAGUUCAGUCUUUUCUACCACCCACUGUACCGGUUUCGAGUUUGAAUACUGGAAUUUCAGUCGGUGUUGGGAUCAAAGCGACUUCUUCAGCCAAUCCAUCCACAGUACGACGUCCAACACAAUGGUUCUUAACUGGUUCGCCAUCCACCGAUUCUAGAGAUCUAAUUCUAAAGACAUCAGCAUUCCAGGAAAGUUGUCCAAGUAUCCAUCUUCUUUCGGGGGGUGGGGGGCCACGAAAUACAGUUGCCACCCCCUCCUCACUUCAAAGGCAACUUCAGAGCUCUUCAGCUCCUAAUGCGGGUAUAACGGGUGUUGAACCCAUCUUUUCUCCACCGGGUCAUGCUAUGGGAUUAUUUAAGAUCCGAACUCCUAAGAAGAGAUCGCCAUCAUUUUCCCGUGGUGGGCCUGUUCAUUUGGAAAAUCCUGAAAGAGAAACACGGUGGUAUUUCAAAUACUUCUUAGGAAAAGGUGAACCAAAUUAUCGUAAUAACUAUAACCCUUUAGCUCAUCAACUUUAUUGUGGGAAUAUUUCUGAGAAAGACCCCUUGCUUCUAGCAAUAAUUAGAUCUGAAUUCGAAGCCGAAGGCUUGAGGCAGUAUAGAGCUAUCUUGUGGACAAAGUUUGUAGCUUUACAAGUUCUGUGUCUGCGAAGAAAAUCCUUUGGUAAGUUCUGUGUUCCCAAGGCUAUCUUUGUUAGUCUCUUCGACAUCCAUCGACUAGAAAAGGGACUGAAGGAGAUUCUACAGUUGGAAGCACAGAAAGAAGCUCUUACUCUUGAGGAACAAGAGGGUUCUGUAAAUUUCAAAUUUGGAGUUCUAUACUGCAGAGAUGGUCAAAUAUCAGACGAAGAGAUGUACAAUAACGAGAUUGGAAGUCCCCAAUAUCAGUCUUUUCUCCGUCUUCUUGGAGAUAGAAUAGCCCUGAAGAAUUGGGACCGUUUCAAAGGCGGUCUCGAUGCGAAGACUGAGACUACUGGGACAGAAUCCAUCUACACUAUCUAUGAAGGUCAUGAAAUAAUGUUCCAUGUUUCUACACUUCUUCCAAUUUCUCCCGAUAAUCGACAGCAAAUAGAAAGAAAGCGACAUAUUGGCAAUGACAUUGUGAAUAUCAUAUUUUUUGAUACCAACGAUGUGGAGAAACCCCUGUCUUGGAAACCAUCAAUGAUGAAAACCCACUUCACGCGUAACCUUUUACUGUGA